CAAGUUGUAGAAUUUUUCCUUUGCCAAAAGUCUGACAUUACAACCGAGACAUCCCGGUUUGCGAAAUUGGUUUUUACAACCUACUAACGGUUCACUACUAAUUUGAAUUUUAACGACGAUUUUGGCGAUUCUGCCGAAAACGGGCGAAGUUCAUAUAGCCGUGUUGAUCUUCAUACAGCAAAGGUCCCGGGAACAAACGAGGCGUUACGGGAUUAAUUAAAUCAGCAUUCCGUGUACGAAGCAGUCGCGCACUAAUUCAGUCCGGGAUAAAUGUUUUUCCUUAUCCGCGCCGCCGCGCCGGUCCGAAAAUGGGGAAUCGCAGUUAAAAAGCAGACGAAUUAAAGUAAACACGAGAUAAUACGAGUGUGCCAAAUGCAUGGAUGUAGAUGUGUUUGUACACCUGUUCGAUGGAAGCGAGUUGUUCAUCGGCGUGUUGUAUACCUAUUUAAAUUGACGGGAAAGCCGCGUGUGUCUCGGUUGCGUAUAUAAUGACGGUGACUAUACCGAUUCCGUUCACUUCAGGCGGGAUUCCGAAGGAGUGGAAUGUGUCACAAAUGUCAGGGUUCGCAAGUAAUCACUGCAUCUACAUUUCUCCUGCUUUUUCUAUAUUCCCCAGUAUCGGUAACGAUCGUCCGAAGGUGGUGGCGCACAAGUGUCAUCGUUGAAAUAUGAACAUCAAUGGUCAACGAUUCGGUGUUUCUGUCGCGCUCGAACGGCUCAGUGACAACCUUGACAGUGACGAAGAAUGCGACUGAAGGGCGCCAAACGAACGACCUUGUCUGCAGAUCGGUUCGAGACGAAACCUUGCACCUGAUCACCGAAUUCAAUCGUCGCCUCAAGAUCAUAGCUGCAAACGUUUUCUAUCAAAUUUAAAGACGAAUUAUACCGAAGUUGCAGGCGGAAUGCGAGGGACUGGAGAGGGCGGAUUUUGAAACCGCCAUGACCGCGACUGGAUAUGGAAAGUACAACUACCUGCUCAUGCUCGCCAUGUUCCUGCCGUCAUGGGGGAGCAUAUUCGACGUUUCCAACAUGUCGAUGAUCUUACCAUCGGCCGAGUGCGACCUUGGCUUGGCGCUAAUUCACAAAGGCGUUUUAAACGCCAUCACGUACGCCGGCACGAUAAGCACGGCGAUGGUUUGGGGCUUCGUCUCGGACGUCUACGGUAGAAAAAAGCUGCUGAUCUACGGCUACCUGGCUGACUCCCUCUGCAACGUAAUGAGUGGAGUAUUUUCGCAAAAUUUUUGGGUCCUGCUGGUCUUCAAGUUCGCCAGCGGCUGCAUCAUGAACGGCCCGUACGCAAUAUCGAUGUGUUAUUGCGCCGAAUUUCACGGUGAAAAACAUCGCUCGAGAGCUAUGCUAUUCCUCGGGCUGUUCUCCACCGUUGGAAACAUCGCCGUUCCACUUCUCGCAUGGAGCGUGAUACCGCAUACCUGGGAGAUAGUCUUGUUAGAUGGCCUCUUUGUCUACAACUCCUGGCGCCUCUUCCUGACCCUCUGCGGGCUUCCAACGCUGGUCGGCUUCAUGGCAAUAAUAUUCUUUCCCGAGUCGCCCAAGUUCCUAAUGUCGAGGGGUCAGAACGACGAGGCUCUUCUGGUAUUCAGAAAGAUGUACACCAUGAACACCGGCAAACCCCCGGAAACAUACCCAGUGAUCUCGCUUGAAAACGAGAAGAACAUUUACGGAUCGAGGAAGAGCAUGCAGCAAUCGAUGAGCUCGGAUUCACUGGAUGGAUGGCGAGGUGUUUUGAAGGGAUUUAGCGAGGGUCUGAAGCAGAUGAAGCCGCUUUUCCUGAUGCCGCAUUUGGUCAAGCUGUUGCUGGUAGUCAGCAUUCAAUUCGGAGGGAUGCUGGCGCUCAACACGAUACGCUUAUGGUUGCCACAGUUGUUCACGAUAAUAGAAAAUUUCGAUGACAUCGGUUACGACGACACCAAGGGACCACCGACGUUCUGCGAAAUGCUUGACAUAUCAAUGAUCGCAGAGGCGAACAAGACCAGCUUGAACUCGACAACCAUCGAUCCCCGACAUUGCGAAAACAUGGUCGUGGACGAGUCGGUUUACAUCAACAUCGUUGUAAUAUGCAUAGUAUCGACAGUGUUUUUCAUUUUCAUGAGCGCGGUGGUGAACAUCCUCGGACAGAAGAACAUACUACUUAUAUGCUACGGAGUAUCGAUGAUCUGCGCAGUGUCGCUUAACUGGUCGGCAAACACCAUGCUGACGUUGUUCCUCUCCUGCUUGUUCGUAGCAUUGACGAACAUCUCUGUGAACGCGCUGAUCGCGGUGACGGUCGAUCUGUUUCCGACAACGUUGAGAACAAUGUCCGUGAGCUUGAUCAUGAUGAUCGGUCGAUCCGGUUCCCUGAUAGGAAAUCUCUUAUUCUCAGUACUGCUACUGCACGGUUGCGUCGCCCCUUUAAUGUCGAUCGCCGGAUUACUGCUGGUGUGCGUCCUGCUGACCCUCUUCAUACCGAAACCGGCCGGAGGACUGAAAUAACGACUGAUAAAACAUUGUAUGAACCGUUGAUGAUGUUUCUCGAAGAAAGUGGCGCGGUGCUGUAGACACGGUCACGGAUCGCGAGAUGCCAUUUAUAAUCAUAAAACCAUAAUAAUAAACGAGUAUGCGCCAAACGAA